AUGGGGCCCCCGGGCAAUAGGGGAUCAUGGGGCCCCUGUGUCCUUACCCCAAACUCAAAAAAGCCUAUGAAAAAGGUGCCAGGGGCAUCUCAUGGGGCCCCCUACUGACCCCAGGCCCUUUAAAUGCCAUUCAUUGCAUUUUUGCAUUGCAAAAGGGUACCGAUUGCAUUAUCUGACAUAUGGCUGGACCAGGGGCGGACUGACAACUCAUGGGGCCCCCGGCAAUAGGGGAUCAUAGGGCCCCUGUGUUCUUGCCCAAACUCAAAAAAGCCUAUGAAAAAGGUACCAGGGGCAUCUCAUGGGGCCCCCUACUGACCCCGGGCCCUCGGGCAGUGCCCGAGUUUCUAAAUGGUCAGUCCGCCCCUGGGCUGGACAUCAUGAGAAAAACUACAAAUCUGUACAUGAAAUACUCUCCUGAAAUU